AUGUGCAGUGCUGCCUCAAUUCUCAGUGGUUUCGUGUCACAGUGUGCAUUAAACUCGGUCUUGAGCAAGAACUGUCUUAUACAUUAUACAUUUAUUAUACAUCGAGACGUGAAAUUGAAUAACUUCCUCUACGACAGAAGGAAUAAGAAGUACUUGCUUGUGGACUUUGGGCUGGCAGAGAAACAAAUGCAGUCAUCAGGCCGCAGCAUCGGCAACAUCUUGCCCUGUGAGGUUUCUACGGCCAGCUCUCGCUCCUCGCGGAAUCAAAAGGAGCAGGAGAAGCUAGAGAUGGCGCAGCAGAUGGCGAAGAGGCGGAUCAUGUUGGGCGUCAGCAAGACGAACGCAUCGGUGACAGUGAGGAACUCAGGGGUCAAAUUCGAACGUCCAGUCAAACGCGCGGGAACUCGGGGAUACCGAGCGCCCGAAGUGCUCAUGGGCAUGCAGUGCCAGACCACAGCAGUGGACGUGUGGGCUGCUGGGGUAGUACUGCUUACCCUGCUGUGCCGCACGACACAGUUCCAAUGGUUCCAGUAUAACGACAUAGUCACGGCAACGAUGGAGAUCUACGGCUUGCGCAUGUACAUCAAGAGCAUGGAUGCUGUGUGGAAGCUCCUCGACGUUAAGAUUCCACCAUUGGAACUGCAUCUCAGCUAUGCCCGCGGUUUCAAGCAAACAUGGCGGACCUUGUCAAGCUCCCUGGGCGCACAUGCGGGAUGCAAGGACUGGCUGGAGGUGGAUGAGAAACAUGCGAUCUGGGACUUCCUCAACUGCUGCCUCAACAUCGAUCCCCGCACGAGGAUUACAGCACUGGAGGCUCUGAAGCAUCCCUUCCUCAUUAGUGCUGUCAAGUAA